AUGAUCGCUUUGGCCCAACGUAUUUGGUAUCGUUACCAAACGUCACCGGUCGUCAUUUCGAUGGAUCGUAAUAUGUAUUUCUGGAACACUAGUUUUCCAAGCGUUACUGUUUGCUCCCGUCAAAGGAUUGACGAACAAAAGGUCCACGAAUAUGUUCAGCAGCAUCCGGAAAAAUUCGUGAAUCCAACCGACGAAGAAGACUUCAGUGAAUUCAUCACUAAAUUGGCGAAUGCUACAUAUGACACGUUCUUGGAACUGCCCAUGCACAAAACUUAUGGAAUACCAUCGGAGCAGUAUUUGGAAUUGAUCCAAAAUUUGUCACUCAAUUUUCUUCCUCAAAUCAGCAGUGGAACCACCUUGCCCUUACUCGACCAGACAACUAUUACCGAACUGGGGAUAUGUCUGUCGGUGAACUCUAAGAUAGCAGAAUACAGUUCGUUUCAAUACUGGUCCGAUAACCGGUGGGAUUUACUGCCUUGGCCAACUACUGCUGUUGUUCAUCCCUUGGAUGGUGAAGUAUAUGGCCAAUUGAUCAAGCUCGAUAGUUCGUACGAAGUGUACUUUCACGGUUACAUGGAAGUUCCCGAGAUAGCAAAGCGAAGAUAUCUAUUCCUAGAGGCGUACUACACUACAGUGGAACUACUUGCACUCGAACUCAUUACGUCACCCUCGGCUGGACAGUAA